ACAGUGAGGAAAGCUGCUGCGCCAGCGGGAGUGCGUGAGGUUCUGUUCGUGGUGGGUGAGAGCCGGGGGGACGCUGAGGAAAGCUGGGGCAGGAGCAGCGCAGCAGGGCGAGCGGGCGGCAGAACUUCGCGGGGCAGGAGAUGGAUCCCGCUCCGUGGUCCGCCCAGCCCCGAAGCGUGGCUGUGGUGAUCCAGGACCCGGCUGGGCCGGGGUGGACUGUGCUCCCUCAGCGAGGGGCUGCGUCCUUAUGCCGGCAGCGCGUUGGGCUCACGGAGCUCAACACUGCUGGCGGGCUUCGUUGGUGCGGGAGAUGAGAGCAGAGGGAACGCGAUGGGUUCCAGCGUCCCUUCUGGAAUUGCACCUGUCACCCCUCGCGUCCAGGAACUGUGGAUGUGUCAGAGCUUGACAGAUUAACACCUUCGCUGGGGCUGUGCGGAGCCGUGUUGGUGCUGUAGCACGCCUUGGGAAGGCUGUGCCUAACCAGACACCUGCUCACACGGGUUUGGUGCUCACAAGUAAUGGGGUGGGUGGUGGGGUGGUGGUGUUAGGCGCUGUGGAAGUGAAGCCUGACUGUUGGUUCAGUAGAGAGCGUGUACUUUGGGAAGAUGAGGUCAGCUCCUUAGGUCUGAAUGGAGCACUGUGGCUCAUGGCUGAGUUGUUGCCUCUUGAUGGAUUCUGUUCCUUAAGGCCGCAGGGUUCAAGUGCAGAUGAAGCCCUAUUCCCCUCUCUUCCUUUAAAGAAGGGAGAAGCUACAAUUUGUUACCGAACUCUGAUUAUAGCUAACAACAAAAUAGGCUGGGGGUUGAACCGGAAGCAUUUAUUUUUGUGUUAGCAAUUCCUUGCGUAUCCAAUGGCUUUUUGGCUCAGGGGGAGCGGAAAUGACUGCUUGUCACUGCGGUGUUCAGCUGUGUGCCCUUCACGGUGAGGCUCAGAUUCACUUUGUAUACUUGUGUAACUUCUGUCCUUCCCACCCCCACAAGCCUGACAGAACCUGACCACAGUUGUGUGAUUUCUUCUUGCUCUUUCCCGGGGACGAGAAACUUUGUAGUCGGGGGAAGUGGAUGGGGGGCAAAGUAACCAAGUGUGGUUAGCAAGAAGCCUGAGUCUUGGGAAGCUGUGCUGAGAGCCUAGCGCCGUGGGUCCUGUUCCUGCCUUUGCCAUGGAAUGGCAGUGUGACCUCUACUGAAGCUGUCGUCUUAGCUGUGCCUCGCAGGACGUGGAGGCUUUCAGAAUAACUGAAGUACUCUUACACGUGUUAUUUAGGGAUAAUUCUGUCCAAACGCAUUGCUCUGUUUGGCUGUGAUUUGGAAUGCUGGUCAGGUGGUGGUUAUUCUUGUGCUAAUGUUUGUUCUUAGGAAGCUGUAAAGCAGAACUCUUGAUCGGUAUUUAUUUUGAAUGACGGUGCACCAGAUUUUUGCAUUGCUGACACAGUUUUGAGACUUUUUUUAUCCCUUGUAUACUUUGAGAAUAUUGCAUGCUUUGUCUGUGAUACCUCGUUGGGGUGUGAAUUUGCUCAGUACUGCCCGGGCUCUCCCAAAAGAAACCCCAUGAGCUUUAAUUGCAGGGUGGAGAAUGGGUCGGGGAGCCCCCUCAGUGGGAUGCGUGCAGCUCUUGGCUGUUUCUUGAGCUCUGUAAUUAAGAGAUUGGCUUAGUACGUGGGUUUUUUGUUUGCUUUCUAAUUUUAGGUCUUUGCCGAGAUUCUGAAGUCUUUAAGAUCUCUAUCUUGAAAUUAAAUGUAAAUGCUCUGUGGUUUUCUGGGGCUUUCUUGAAACGUUGGAUUUUACAACUCUCAAGCCGGGACCUUACAGCCUAACAUGACAUACUGUGAUCUCAGUGCUCGCCUUCCUGUGCCGUUUGAGGUUUGUAGCCUUUGUAAACAACGGGCUCGAUCCUGUUGGAAGUGGUUCUCUGCUGUGGAUGAGAGACUUUUCUGUAGAAACUUGCUGUUAUGCAGCUGUAGGUACAAAUUGCUAUCUUCUUGCCUAUGCCUAUACAAGCUCCUCGCUGUUGCCGUCUAGGCAGGCAGUCUGUCUUCAAAUUCAGUUUCACAAAUACCUGAUUUCUUUUUAUCCUUCAAAGUGUACGUUGAUCUCUCAGCUCCAGCAAGAAGAGUUCUGCUGUCCAAUUACAGCAUGCUCGCGUUGUUUUCUGUAUUCACAAUAUUUUCUCCUGCCAUCGUUGUGAUGUUUGAAUGGCACCUUUCUCUGCACUGAUACAACAUGGGGAGGGGAGAGAAUUGCCUGUGCCUACCAAGCUGAGCAGUACUUCUGCUUGCCCCACUUUCUUACCCGUCAAGUUGAGAUCGGAGCCCUUAUGCUGCCUCAGAAAGGAGGAUGGUUUUGAGCUGUAGCUUACAGUUCCUUGUCACAGCUGCCACGGGGGUUGCAGGCUGGGCCCCUCUUGCUGUUACUUUUGCUCAGACUCAAUAAGCAUCGAGUUGUCUUUGUGAUAGUGUAAAUAUGAAGGUGGGAGAAUAGAUCUGAGAGGAGAUGAGGAAAUUUGUGCCGUAAGCCUUUGGAAGGGGGAGGCACUUAAGAAACCCGCUUCAUUUACCUUUUUACUUGGAGCUACUACUUAAAGGGGAGAGGAAUCUGUCUUCUUUCCUACCGUGCUUGGAGAAAGGGCUUACAGACAACAAAGGACAUUGUAAUGCUUUCCAAUAGUCCAGGAUUAUUGAACAAAAGCGUCUUGCUGUGCAAUAUUGCUGCUGUGCUCAGUGUUGUAUGAUAACACAUGUUUCUCAGCUGUUGUUGAUUCCUCAGUGGCACAGACUUCAAAAGAAUGUGCUGAAAGAGAACCGUGGCCAGGAGAGAAAACGAGUUUUGUUCCAGUGACCUGUACCAUCCGUCCGCUUAAAUACUUAGUGGAGCUAUUCCAGAGCGUUCAGGCACACAGUGAAGGCCAGCGAGUGAUUACAGCUGGAAAUGGAGCCUGCUACGAAGAGAUCACCUAGAGAGCUCUUACGUGCCACCUUCCCCUCUAACCCCCCUGCCAUCCUGGAGCAGAUGAGGCUCAUUGUUUAGGGUAUCUUUCAACAUGACAUUGUCCAACUCCUAAUGCUGUUGGGAUUUAUUUAUUUUUACUCUCUAUGCUAUCUUUAGCACAAGAAUAGGUAAUGAGGACAGAAGGUCAUCUCUCCGGUUUCCUUUUGAAUAUAACAAGCCAAGUCUGUAAUUUAAGGACUUGGGCUAUUACUGCAACAACAGUACCGUGUAUUCAGUGAAGAGGAUUUUCCUUCACAAUGAGUGGGAAGUGGUCGUACAGAUGCACUAAGAGGACACUUGUAUUUUGGAAAAAAUGUGAGAUACUUUAGAGGUGGCUUUUCAUCAGCAAGCAAAUGGCACGGCUCUAAAGCAAGUGACCUUGUCAGCAGAGCUGGCCCUUAUGCCUGCAGCAGCAGAUUGCACUAAGCCCGCUGCAUAACCAGACAUCUCCAUCUGUCCUCGCUUGCAGCUCCUGAGAAAAGACCGCUGCAUUAUCGGUGCUGUAGCUGCAAGCAUGACUUGACUGAGUUGCAUUCAUGGCUCUUGGAUGAUCUGGUGAACCAUGGAGCUCAAAGUAUGGGUGGAUGGAGUGCAGAGAAUUGUCUGUGGAGUCACCGAAGUCACAACAUGUCAGGAAGUUGUAAUAGCCCUUGCCCAGGCUAUUGGGCGCACCGGGCGCUACACGCUGAUCGAGAAGUGGCGGGACACCGAGCGGCACCUGGCGCCGCACGAGAACCCCAUCGUGUCGCUCAACAAGUGGGGGCAGUACGCCAGCGACGUGCAGCUCAUCCUGCGCCGCACCGGGCCCUCCCUGAGCGAGCGGCCCACCUCGGACAGCGUGGCUCGCAUCCCCGAGAGGACGUUGUACCGGCAGAGCCUGCCGCCCCUGGCCAAGCUGCGGCCCCAGAACGACAAGGCCAUGAAGAGGAGGGAGCCCAAGAGGAAGUCCCUGACCUUCACCGGCGGGGCGAAAGGGCUGAUGGACAUCUUUGGGAAAAGCAAGGAGUCCGAGUUCAAGCAGAAGGUGCUCAACAACUGCAAAACGACGGCGGACGAGCUGAAGAAACUGAUUCAUCUCCAGACGGAGAAGCUGCAGUGCAUUGAGAAGCAGCUGGAGUCCAACGAGGCCGAGAUCCGGUACUGGGAGCAGAAGUACAACGCCAGCCUGGAGGAGGAGAUCCUCAAGCUGGAGCAGAAGAUCAAGAGAAAUGAAGUGGAGAUCGAAGAAGAGGAGUUCUGGGAAAACGAGCUGCAGAUUGAGCAGGAGAACGAGAAGCAGCUGAAGGAGCAGCUGCAGGAGAUGAGGCAGCGCAUCCUGGAGUGCGAGGGCAAGCUGAAGGACUACAUGUCCCAGAUCCACAACAUGGAGAGCGGCCUUGAGGCAGAGAAGCUGCACCGGGAGGUGCAGGAAUCCCAAGUCAACGAGGAAGAGGUCAAAGAAAAGAUCGAGAAGGUGAAAGGUGAAAUCGAUAUUCAGGGCCAGCAGAGUCUGAGGUUGGAAAAUGGCAUCAAAGCUGUAGAAAGAUCUCUGGGCCAAGCUACCAAGCGGCUACAGGACAGGGAGCAAGAAUUAGAGCAACUGACAAAGGAGCUGCGACAGGUCAACCUCCAACAGUUUAUCCAGCAAACAGGAACGAAGGUCACAGUGCUGCCAGCAGACCCUGUUGAGGUGGAGGCCCCACCGGUGGAGCUUGAGAGAGAGCCGACGUUUCAGUCGGGGUCACUGAAGCGCCCUGGAUCAUCGAGGCAGCUCCCCAGUAACCUUCGGAUUCUGCAGAAUCCCCUGUCGUCUGGUUUUAACCCGGAGGGCAUUUAUGUAUGACAUUAUAUACCUCUAGGAGAGGACCUAGCAAGGUAUCCUGGACACAAUACACUUUUCUUUUGUUCUGCCAAUGAUCAAUGGAAGAAGUUUUGUUAUUGUUUUUCUUUUUUUUGUUAAGCCACCCUAAUUUUUGUCUUCUUCCUCCAACACACUACUUGGAGCCAUACCUUGUGCACUGAUGCUGAAGAGACAGAGGAACUGUCUCAAUUCAUUAUUGGCAAUGGUGAAGUUGCUGUCACACACCUAGAGCGCAAAACCAAAUGGAGGUUUUUGCCACUUCAGAAGCAUUUGGGAAAGUAUUAUUCCAUGUAUAGGCAUAAAUAAAAGACUGAGGGUGAAGGAAACCAUGUAUGCAACUGAUUUGAGGUUUAAUUUAUUCCUUUUAAUCAAUGGACGUGUGAAUGUUGACCUUUUAUAUUUUUUAUUUUUUAACUUGUGAAUGGUCAUGUAUGGUUGUACAUCAGUCUGACAAGGUGACUUUAAUUUGCAUGUGCAGACAUCCACCAUUUGACCAAGUGCAACAACUUGCAAUGCGGAGAGUUGUGUGCUGAACCUCCAAAAUGGUUUCUCACCACUGACUUUGUUCAUUUCUGUUGUGGGUCAUAUGUCAUGUUCCAUCCGUUGCUACCUUUUAAGAUUUGAAAAGAGAGUUUGUGGGAUUUACUUGCUGUUGAAUCUGCCUUGAGCAAAGCACCUAGUGUUCAAAAGACUGACGGAAUUAAAACCUUAGCUUGGUAAGAAUAUUUCCAGCAUACGAUUGAGGAUGCACUAGUUAGAUGAUAUUUUAUUAUAUAGAAUGUAUAUUUGAAAUAUUUUGCCACAUUGUAUAUGCCUUUUGAGAAAAGAACAAUGUAAGAAGUUGUCUUCAUAUAUCUUACCAAAAGAGAGUAAGAGGCUUUCACUGUGUGUGAUUUUGUACUUUAUUUCUGCCAAUAGCCAUUACAGUGUUCUUGUUUUGCAGUAAAUCAUGCUGUUGGAGGACAAAGAAAAACAAACCAACACAAAUGAGCAUCCUCUCCCAGCCUUCCAGAGUUCACCCAGCUUUUGUGGAGGGAAGAAACCUGGCAGAGUCUCAUGAGGUCGAUAGCAGAGCUUCUGCUGACUUGAGCGGAGCUAGGCCAAUUGCAUUCCAGGUUCCCAGUGUAAAAUGGUAGACUUUAACCCCUUUGAAAAUGUACUGCUGCUCAGUCAUUCACAGAACAUGAAGUAUGCAAACAGAAAAUUAAAAGAUCUGGUAGAUGUUUUUUUACAAAAAAAAAAAAAACCAACAACCCCAGACCAACAGAGAGAGAACAUUUUAUCUUAACGUUACUCUAAUGCAAUCAAAGCGAGGUUUAGACAAAAUGGCUUUAGUUCAGAAAGAUACUACCAAGUCGCAUGUUGGGUGUGGGUCUUGAAAUUGGGUUGACAGCAUGCAUACCAAGUUUGCAGAGUAAGUUAUUGGCAUCGGUUGGACACCUGAUAUACGUUAGGAGGCUACAGCCUCAUGGAUGAGAUAGAGAAUGGAUGGACCUUACCUAGUUGCAUUUGGAUUUCCUGUUUUAACAACAGCUCAAACCGUCAUCCACACAUUUGAGGUCACCAAGAUGCGAGAGGGUGUCACAGUGCUGUCACUGUAGUGUUUAAUAUUUAGGUCCCCAGAGCACAAAAACAAAGAGGAACCCCAGAGUUCAAUCAGUGGCAAAAUGACAAAACUCCCAAUACCUUUGGUAGGGUCAGGAUUUUACCGCUGGUAGGAAACUCCAAGCUUUUUAGCCAUAGAAAAUUUUUAACUCCUAGCAUCCUCUUGUGUUGAUUUACUGAUGUGCAGAUAAAUGUUAAUUUCAAUUUCCUUUUUUUUUCUUUUUUUCUUUUUUUUUUUUUUUAAAGAAAAGGAGCUUCCUAGUCAUACUGACAAACAGAAGCUUUAUCAGAUAUAGUAGAAGAUGAAGGACUCUUGAGUGUUCAAUGCAUUUUUUAUUUUCCACUUAUUAAUGGCAUCAUAUAUUCUAAAAAUGCUGCUGUACUUAGACUAACAGCAACAGAUAAGGCUGUGAAUAUAUAAAGGACCUUUCCAAAUGGACUCUGAAUUUUUACCGUUUAAAUUAUCAGGUCUUCUUUUUUCCUUGUGAGUAAACUGGAAAAUGAGAUGUUCCUACCCAAGGAACCUUCGCAGUGCUCACAAUUUUACUGUUAGUUUAUCACAACUCUGUGCUCAUGUUUACUGUGCCCAUAACUUUGUAUUAAAAAGAGAAUGUGUAUAUAGAUAUAUAUAUAUAUUAAAAAAAAAAAUGUAAAAUAUACAUAGUUUCAGGACAAUAUCUGUCCAAGGUACUUGAGCAUAUAUGCCUUACAAUAUGGGUUCAAUUUACAGAAAAAGAAUAAAUGGCCCUCUCCAGUGAAUAUCUUGCAUCUUCAGCACCUCCUCUUGACACUAGAGAACUGAGGCACUCAGCACCUUGCAAAGUCUGGCCCAAAUUAUGCUGCAUGGGGACGGGGGGAAACGCAAGGAAAAGCCCGUUGCAAUCUUAGCCUUGUACUGAGAUGAAGCAGUUUAAGGUAGAUGAGCAUACAUACCCACCUAACGUUGUUGUCAGACUUUAAGUGACUGGUCCAUCUCCCACAGAUACCAGUUUGAGCUGAACUGAGCUCUUGGAUCAUAAAAAACAAAUUGCCCUUUUUCUCUGUGAGGUUAUUCCUGAGGUUAGAGGGAGGAGGACAAGCAUUGAAAGGAAGGGGAAGAGCAGCUUUGGAGGGCUUGAGUUAUGGUUUCCUAAUAGAACCAAGGAGGGAUUUUCCCAUUGAAGUUAAAAAAUAAAAAAAAAUGGCACCUGCUGAUGGCAGCAGCUGUUUGACUGAAGUGCCAGCCUAGAGCCGGCUCAAAAAUAGCCACUGAAGCACCAAGGGGAUCCUCCUUAUCAGGGCUUUAGCGUAUGUCAGGGUGGUCUAGAAAACGUUUACAGCUUCAGCCACUGCUGUGGCAAAGGAGAGGCUUUUGUGUCUGAACGUGCCAUUUGUGAGGCGGCGAGCCAUCUGCAGCUCCCUCCCCCCGUACUCCUGUUGCUUACUGAAUUUCAGCCAGGUUAAAGCUUUGUAGCACUUUCACCCUCUCUGUAAAUAAACCAAAAAGAAGUGGCAUGCCAUCACAUUAAAUGUGAAUCGAACAAUGUAUUGCAGUUAUAAAACUUCCUCACGUUACGGCGCUAAGAGUUUUGCUUGUGAUCAAUUACAGAACCUCACUCUUUUUUUUAGAAAUACAGAAAAAUUCAUUUUCAGAAGUGUUUCAAACCUCCUCACGGGGCAUUAGCAGAAAAGAAGUUACGCGUACUCAUUCUAACAGGUGCCAGAUUAUGUGCUGGCCAGCAUGAUAACUAUUUUUGUUUGCAUUAAAUAGUUGAAUACGUGAGCACUGUUUUCCAGUGCACGGGGAAUUUAUAUGGAGAACUCCUGAAGUUUAUUACUCGUGGAAAUUAACUGUUACCUCUCCAAUCCAUGAGGAUGCAGUUUAUUUUUGGUGGUGAUGCUAUGUUGUUGGGGGAAGGGGGAGUGACGGACUGACAAGCCAAUAGGGUAAUGCCAAGGUAAACGUUCUGAAUGCCCAAGCAACGGAGAAAUGCAAAUCCCACUUUGAAAAGUGAGCUAGGAACCUGCCUCCCGUUAUCCCUGGGUGGGACUUAGGUUCCCAAGUGCCUGAAUUGCUUCUGAAAAUGCUAUGUUAGCUUUGUGAUUACUUGUUUUUAUAAACCCCAGCAAGCUGGAAGGAAGUUCUUUAGCAAGAGAACUACCACUAGCAUUAGCAAUACACAAACAUGCUUUCAUUGUGAGGUAAGAGGGAAAAGAUCUUUUAGUGAAGUAAGUCUCCUCUUGGGGCAAUAAUUGCCUUCUUUUUAGCUUGAAGAGUAUAUUUUAGUGAACUGGGAUCAUAUGAGUAUGAACAAAAACCAGAUCUUGUAAUUUUAGUGAGUUAUCUUGAAGCAUAUAAAUUCCUGAUGUGCAUUAACUCGAGUGAAUUGGGCCUUAAUGAUCCAUGUGAAUACCAAAACUGUAUUCAGAUAUUUUUUUUUUUUCCAGAAAAGAGUCUCUAACGGUCUGUACUGUAUCAAAAUUGCUAAGUGUCCGAGUGUUACUUUAUAUUACACUUUUUUUUUUUACAGAACAUUGAAACAUGCAUGUUUGUUUGCUACAGUAUUUUAAUGUUUUGGAUGAAGGCCAUCAGUUGUAUGGAGAUGACAAAACAAUCACUCUAUUUAUUCAGUAUUGCUGCUUAAAGUUUUCAAAAUAAAGCUUUCAAUGCCAAUACAGUGACUGAUUGAAAGCUGCUCUAGCUCUCUUCAGCUGGUUUUUUUUUCCCCUUUUUUUCUGUUUAUAGAAAGCUAAAGAACUGAAACUUGGUAUAUAAGCUGUUCUACCAGCAAGGAGUUAUUGCAAUAAUACUGUGGGAUGGCUGGGAGUAUGUGUGCAGUAUAUACAUAAAUACAUGCAUGCAGUGAAUGCCUUGAGUAAAUGGACUGCUGAAGAACGUUCAAAUCCUUUGCAGCGUUGCAAGCAACUUCCAGGUGCGACCAAAUACUGUUCUAAUGCUUCAUACCACCGUGCAACGCUUAGGAGGGACGGAACGAGUAGAGGUGGUCUUAAAGGAUAAAUUCAGAGUCCUUUGAACCAAAUAGAGUUUAAGCACAGAUGUGUUUUCUGAAUUGGGCCUAAAAGCAUGUUCUGCUAGAAAAGUCUUUUCUGUUGCAGCAAGGAUGCUUCAUUUCAAGCGUAUUUGGUACCUCUGAAAAUGCAAGCGGUUCCGAGAUGGAUCAAGUACGUCCAGUAUCUUUAGUAAAAAGGGUAUCAAAAUGCAGAGGACAUGCAUGCUCGUGAAUAUGGCCACCUGGUGAAACUACUCACUGGGGGCUCAGACUGGAAGAUCUGAGUUGCUGAAGCUUUAACAUUGAGAAGCAAUGCCAACUAACUGUGAAAACACAAAUGAGCGUUUUCUUACUGCUCUGCUUCAAUGCAAGAUAAAAAUCUGUACUAUAUGUAACUAUAUUUUGUCAUUUAAAAAGCUUCUAUUUUUGAUUAUUCUCAUGAAUGGUUGACAAAAGAUAUUGACUAUGCUCCCAUACAAUAAAUUCCCCUCUGAAA